AGCAUCCAAGGCAACUGUUUCAUCUACCAUGUCAAAUUCACUGGUUUGAACUUUCCUGCCAAUGGACCUGUUUUGCCGAAGAAGACACAAGGCUGGGAACCCAACACUGAGCGUCUCCAUGCACGAGAUGGAAUGCUGAUAGGAAACAACUUUAUGGCUCUGAAGUUGGAAGGAGGUGGUCAUUAUUUGUGUGACUUCAAAUCUACUUACAAGUAAGAUAUGAAAAUUGUCAUUUAGGGCCCCAAAUGAUCCAACUAAUCUGAAGGGCACGAUUUGGAGUUUAAUAAACAAAAGGGAUAAGUUCAGCUCAGGUUUUAAAAUAAUUAUGAACAGGAAAAGAGCAGAGAUUUCACAAUGUUUCAUCCGUCGUGAAGAAUUGGUUCAAAUGAAAAUUGAAUUUAGGCUCCUUUUUUGCCCUAACGUUUGAUUUACAUACAUUUGUAAACCUCAUGUUAUCAAAUUGUGUAUCAUUCAGUUGCUCCAAUUCGUUUUUCAAGAACUAGUUAACAUUUCGGACUAAACUUCAGUGUUGAUUUGUUUUACUGUCCCCUUGAGGGCACUUUUUGUCCUAAGUACUGUGUACCGAUUUUAAAGCCAUCAGCGGCAAUUCUCGGGACCAAUCCUCUUCGUGGAUUUUUACCUGUGGUUGGGGCAAAGGGUGAAUAAUGCACACAACAAGAGCAUUGUGAUCAAAAUUAAAGGUACUUGAUAAAGAUUUAAGCUGACAGUUUGUGUUAUUAGGUUUUGCUUUUCUUUUGUUAGGGCAAAGAAGCUUGUAAAGAUGCCAGGGUAUCACUAUGUUGACCGCAAGCUGGAUGUAACCAGUCACAACAAAGAUUACACUUCCGUUGGGCAAUAUGAAUUUUCCAUUGCACGCCAGUCUUUGCUCGGCUAA